UUUUGAAUGAGUGUUCAGAUAAAUCGCCGUGCUACUUCAUAAACCUGUUGGCGCAAGCUUGUCAAGAUGUUUGUGUCAUUUAUGUGAUGUCAAACUCUUGUGGACCUGUGAGGAUUACUUCUACAUCAUGAUCAAAUAAUGAAACUGGAUCUAAACUUCUCCAACAUGUCUGUGGAGUCUGGUGCUGUAAAGCUGGAGCAGGGACCGGUGGAGUACCGCAUGGCAGGCCUGAUCUUCUACUGCUUCGUCUUCAUCAUAGGAGUCAUAGUCAAUCUCACUGCCAUAUGGGUGUUUGCCCUCACCACCAAGAAGAGGAACUCUGUCACGGUCUACAUGAUAAAUGUGGCCAUCGUGGAUCUCACCUUCAUCCUGCUGCUUCCUUUCAGAAUGGUUUACCACCACCAGGACUAUUGGCCCUUCGGAGAUAUUUUCUGCAGAAUCAGUGCAGCUCUCACCAUCUUCUACCCCUGCAUCGCUCUGUGGCUGUUUGCUCUGAUCAGUGCUGACCGCUACAUGGCCAUCGUCCAGCCAAAGCACGGUAAAGAGCUGAGGAAUGUCCCAAAGGCUGUGGUGGCGAGUUUGGGGGUGUGGGUAAUGACUCUGGGCUGCACUGUACCCCUGCUCUUCUCUGACCAUGACCCCGAUCAAAUUUCCAACUUCACCACCUGCAUCAAGAUGCAAGACAUCAUCUACAUGCGCCAUGACAACCCAGUCAACUUUGUGCGACUCAUCUUCUUCUUCCUGGUUCCCAUAUUUAUAAUGAUUGGCUGCUAUAUUGUCAUUGUGGAUAAUCUGAUCCAUGGCCGCACCUCUAAACUCAAACCUAAAGUGAAGCAAAAGUCCAUCCGGAUUAUCAUCACACUGAUUAUCCAAAUGUUGGUGUGUUUUGUGCCUUUCCAUGUGUGUUUAGUGCUCCGUUUGCUGGAUACAGGCAAAGAUGGGGGGUUUAGUACCUGGGCAGUCUUCACCACAUUCCUGAUGAACAUGAGCACAGUGCUAGAUAUCAUUCUAUACUACAUUGUCUCCAAGCAGUUCCAGGACAGGGUGAUCAGCGUGAUUCUGUACAGGAACUAUCUGCGAAGUGUGAGACGGAAGAGCAGGCACACACACACAGGCAGCAUCCGAUCAAUGAGCAACCUGACCAGCGCAAUGAUAUGAAGCAACCGUCAAACUUUCAUGUCAACCAGCACACGCACACACAUGUACUGGGCACGCUUUGGCACAAUGUAACACUGAAUGCAUCACUGUGUACAUGGUUCAUUAUCAAAAGGAUCAAAACUUGCAAUUAAUUUCCGAGGUGUAAUUUACACUCACAGUAUGGGAGUGCUGCUGUUGUGGCAAAAACAUCUGUGUUCUGAGCUGAUUGACUCACCCAUGAGACUUGAGAUGUUUUUUUGUGCAUCUUUGCUCCGGCAAACAAAGCACGAGUGUUUGUAGCUCAGGUGUAACACUUGCAGGCGAAAAUAAAGCUCAUAAUGAUUAAAAACAUAGCCCACAG